UCUGCUACAGAGACAACCAUCUUGUCCCCUUCUCCAUCGACCACAGAAACCACAUCUGCUCCAGAGACAACUAUCUUGUCCCAUUCUCCAUCGACCACAGAAACCACAUCUGCUCCAGAGACAACCAUAUUAUCCCAUUCUCCAUCUACCACAGAAUCUACAUCUGCUACAGAGAAAACCAUCUUGUCCCCUACUCCAUCGACCACAGAAACCACAUCUGCUCCAGAGACAACUAUCUUAAACCACAUCUGCUCCAGAGACAACCAUCUUGUCCCCUACUCCAUCGACCACAGAAACCACAUCUGCUCCAGAGACAACCAUCUUCUCCCCUACUCCAUCGACCACAAAAACCACAUCUGCUCCAGAGACAACCAUCUUGUCCCAUUCUCCAUCUACCAAAGAAACCACAUCUGCUCCAGAGACAACCAUCUUGUCCCCUACUCCAUCGACCACAGAAACCACAUCUGCUACAGAGACAACCAUCUUGUCCCCUACUCCAUCGACCACAGAAACCACAUCUGCUCCAGAGACAACUAUCUUGUCCCAUACUCCAUCGACCACAGAAACCACAUCUGCUCCAGAGACAACUAUCUUGUCCCAUUCUCCAUCGACCACAGAAACCACAUCUGCUCCAGAGACAACCAUCUUGUCCCAUUCUCCAUCUACCACAGAAUCUACAUCUUCUCCAGAGACAACCAUCUUGUCCCCAACUCCAUCGACCACAGAAACCACAUCUGCUACAGAGACAACCAUCUUGUCCCCUACUCCAUCGACCACAGAAACCACAUCUGCUCCAGAGACAACCAUCUUGUCCCAUACUCAAUCGACCACAGAAACCACAUCUGCUCCAGAGACAACUAUCUUGUCCCAUUCUCCAUCGACCACAGAAACCACAUCUGCUCCAGAGACAACCAUCUUGUCCCAUUCUCCAUCUACCAAAGAAUCUACAUCUCCAGAGACAACCAUCUUGUCUCCAACUCCAUCGACCACAGAAACCACAUCUGCUACAGAGACAACCAUCUUGUCCCCUACUCCAUCGACCACAGAAACCACAUCUGCUCCAGAGACAACUAUCUUGUCCCAUACUCCAUCGACCACAGAAACCACAUCUGCUCCAGAGACAACCAUCUUGUCCCAUUCUCCAUCUACCACAGAAUACACAUCUGCUCCAGAGACAACCAUCUUGUCCCAUACUCCAUCGACCACAGAAACCACAUCUGCUUCAGAGACAACCAUCUUGUCCCAUACUCCAUCGACCAUAGAAACCACAUCUGCUCCAGAGACAACCAUCUUGUCCCAUUCUCCAUUUGUGAAAGCAUCUACAUCUCCUCCAUACACAACCAUAUUGUCCCAUUCUCCAUCGACCACAGAAACCACAUCUGCUCCAGAGACAACCAUCUUGUCCCAUUCUCCAUCGACCACAGAAACCACAUCUGCUCCAGAGACAACCAUCUUGUCCCAUUCUCCAUCGACCACAGAAACCACAUCUGCUCCAGAGACAACCAUCUUUCCAUCGACCACAGAAACAACAUCUGCUCCAGAGACAACCAUCUUGUCCCCUACUCCAUCGACCACAGAAACCACAUUUCCUCCAGAGACAACCAUCUUGUCCCAUACUCCAUCGACCACAGAAACCACAUUUUCUCCAGAGACAACCAUCUUGUCCCAUACUCCAUCGACCACAGAAACCACAUCUGCUCCAGAGACAACCAUCUUGUCCCAUACUUCAUCUACCACAGAACCUACAUCUGCUCCAGGGACAACCAUCUCUUCCCAUUCUCCAUUUACCGCAGAAUACACAACAGCUCCAGAGACAGCCAUAUUGCCCCAUACUCCAUCGACCUCAGAAUCCACAACUGCUCCAGAGACAACCAUAUUGUCCCAUCCUCCAUCUACCAAUUAUUAGGAGAAGUCAUUCAUCCAGUCACAGUGGGCCAGCAAGGAGGUGAAAAUGGGAAAUGUGGCAACUACAGUCCCGACAACAGGGACAGACUCCGCAUUAACCAUAAAAGAGAAUGCGACAUCUCCCUCGUACCCUCCAUCCACGGAGGCAAGAUCAGUGACAACACGGAGCUCUGUUUCCACUUUGUCCACAGAAACAUUAUCAACCCAAACUGGGAUCUCUGUGUCUCCAUCAACCAGUUCUACUUUGUCCACAGUAGCAAUAUCAGCCCAAACUGGGACCUCUGUGUCUCCAUCAACCAGUUCUACUUUGUCCACAGAAACAAUAUCAGCCCAGACUGGGACCUCUGUGUCUCCAUCAACCAGUUCUACUUUGUCUACAGUAGCAAUAUCAGCCACAACUGGAAGCGCUGUGUCUACACCAGAAAUUACAACAGCUACUACUUUGUCCAUGACAACUGUAACCUCUGUGUCUCCGCCAGAUGUUACAACUGCUUUUAUUUUGUCUACGGAAGCAAUGUCACCCACAACCGGGAGCUCCAUGUCUUCACCAGAAGUUACAACUGGUUCUACUUUGUCUACAGAGACAAUGUCAUCCACAAGCGGGAGCUCUGUGACUACUUUGUCCACGGAGGCAAUGUCCAUGACAACUGGGACCUCUAUAUCUCCACCAGAUGUUACAACUGCUUUUACUUUGUCCACAGAAGCAAAGUCACCCACAACCGGAAGCACCAUGUCUUCACCAGAUAUGUUACAACUGUUUCUGCUUUGUCCACAGAAGCAAUGUCAUCCACAAGUGGGAGCUCUGUGUCUCCAACAGCUAUAACUACAGCUUCUACUUUGUUCACAGAGGCAAUAUCAGCCACUACUGGGAGAUAUGUAUCUCCAUCUGAUCUUACACCUGGUUCUACCUUGUCCACAGAAACAACCGGGAGCUCCAAGUCUCCAUCAAAUGUUACACCUGGGUCUACUUUGUCCAUAGCGACAAUGUCAGCGGGAACGGCAAGCUCUGUGUCUCCACCAGACAUUACAAUACCUACCACUUUGUCCACAGAGGCAAUAUCUGUAACAAUAAAGACCUUUGUGUCUCCACCAGAUGUUACAACCACUUCUGCUUUGUCCACUGAGCCAGUAUCAGUGACAACUGAGACCUCUGUGUCUCCACCAGAUGUUACAAGUGGUUCUACUUCCUCCACAGAGGCUAUAUCUGUAACAACAGGGAGCUCUGUGUCUCCACCAGAUAUUACAACUAUUUCCGAUUUGUCCACUGAGCCAGUAUCAGUGACAACUGAGACCUCUGUGUCCUUACCGGAUGUUACAAGUGGUUCUACUAUGUCCACAACCGGGAGCUCCAUGUCUCUGCCAGAUUUUACAACUGCUUCUACUUUGUCUAUAGGGCCAAUGACAUCCACAACCGGGAGCUCCAUGUCUUCACCAGGUGUUACAACUGGUUCUACUUUCUCCACAGAGGCUAUAUCUGUGACAACAGGGAGCUCUGUGUCCCCAACAGAUGAUGUAACUGCUUCUACUUUAUCUACCAUGAUGACUUCACUAGGACCAAAAACUUCUCCUGAAACCACCAAAGUGAUUUCCCUGGAACCCAUAACUUCUCCUCCAGAAACCACCAUGUUCUCUUCACUAGAACCCACAACACUUCCUCCUGAGACCACAAUGGCUUCUUCACUAGAACCCAUAACGUCUCUUCCCAAAACCACCAUGUUGACCUCCUUGGAAUCCACAACUUCUCCUUCAGAGACAACCAUUGUGACUUCCCUGGAACCCACAACACCUCCAGAAACUACCAUGGUCACAUCACUACAACCCACAACUUCUCCACCUGAGACCCCCGUAGUCAUUUCCCUGGAACCCACAACUUCUCCUGAGACCACCUUGGUAACAUCAAUAGAAACCACAUCUCCUCCAGAAACUACCAUGGUCACUUCCCUGGAACCCACAACCACAUCUCCUGAAACUACCAUGUUGACUUCUCUGGAACCCACAACCUCACCUCCUGGGACCACCAUAGUCACAUCACUAGAAACCACAACAUCUCCUCCUGAAACUACCAUGUUGACUUCCCUGGAACCCACAACUUCUCCUGGGACCACAAUGGUCACUUCCCUUGAACCCAUGACUUCUCCUCUUGGGACCACCAUGGUUACAUCAUUAGAACCUACAAACUCUUCCCCUGAAACCACCAUGCUUACAUCACUAGAACCCACAACUUCUCCCGAGACCACCAUGUUGACUUCCCUGGAACCCAUUACUUCUCCUCCUGGGACAACCAUGGUUACAUCAGUACAGCCCACAACUUCUCCUCCUGAGACCACCAUGGUCACUUCCCUGGAAACCACACCUUCUCCUCCUGAGACCACCAUGGUCACUUCCCUGGAAACCACAUCUCCUCCCGAGACCACUGUGGUCACUUCCUUGGAACCUACGACCUCUUCCCCUGAAACCACCAUGCUUACAUCACUAGAACCCACAACUUCUCCUCCUGAGACCACCAUGGUCACCUCACUAGAACCCACAACUUUUCCUGAAACCACUAUGGUCACCUCACUGGAACCCACAACUUCUCCUCCUGAGACCACCAUGAUCACUUCCCUAGAAACCACAACUUUACCUCCUGUCACCACCAUGAUCACAUCACUAGACCUCACAUCUUCUCCUCCUGAGACCACCAUGGUCACUUCCCUCGAACCCAGAAUUUCUCCACCUGAAACCACAAUCAUCACAUCACUAGAACCCACAACGUCUUCUCCUGACACCACCAUGGCCACAUCACUAGAACUCACAACUUCCCCUCCUGAGACCACCGUGGUCACCUCACUAGAACCCACAACUUCUCCUCCUGAGACCACCAUGAUCACUUCCCUAGAACCCACAACUUCACCUCCUGUGACUACCAUGAUCACAUCACUAGAACCCACAUCUUCUCCUCCUGAGACCACCAUGGUCACUUCCCUGGAACCAACAACUUCUCCUCCUGAGACCACCAUGGUCACAUCACUAGAAACCACAACUUCUCUUCCUGAGACCACCGUAGUCACAACACUAGAACCCACAACAUCUCCUCUUGAGACCACCAUGGUCACAUCACUAGAACCCACAACUUCUCCUCCUGAGAACACCAUGGUCACUUCCCUGGAACCAACAACUUCUCCUCCUGAGACCACCAUAAUCACAUCACUAGAACCUACCACCUCUCCUUCUGAGACCACCAUUGUCACAUCACUAGAACCCACAACUUCUCCUCCUGAGACCACCAUGYUCACCUCACUAGAACCCACAACAUCUCCUCCUGAGACCACCAUGGUCACCUCACUAGAACCCUCAACGUCUCCUCUUGAGACCACCAUUGUCACUUCCAUAGAACCCACAACUUCUCCUCCUGACACCACCYUGGUCACAUCACUAGAAACCACAACUUCUCUUCCUGAGACCACCAUAGUCACAACACUAGAACCCACAACGUCUCCUCUUGAGACCACCAUGGUCACAUCACUAGAACCCACAACUUCUCCUCCUGAGACCACCAUGGUCACAUCACUACAACCCACAACAUCUCCUCCUGAGACCACCAUAGUUACAUCACUGGAACCCACAACUUCUCCUGAGACCACCAUAGUCACAUCACUUGAACCCACAACUUCUCCUGAGACCACCAUGGUCACAUCAGUAGAACCCACAACUUCUCCUCCUGAGACCACCAUGGUCACUUCCCUGGAACCCAGAACUUCUCCUGAGACCACCAUCAAGGUCACUUCCCUGGAACCCAGAACUUCUCCUCCUGAGACCACCAUCAUUAUCACAUCACUGGAACCCACAAGUUCUCCUGAGACCACCAUGGUCACAUCACUGGAACCCACAACCUCUCCUCCUGAGACCACCACCAUCACAUCACCAGAACCCACAACAUCGUCAGCUGGGACCAGCAUGACAUCUUCACGUUCUGUGACUACAACCUUCAUCAUGUCAACUCCAACAGAGGCGAUCACCUCCAUAUCUACCAAAGUCAAUGAGUCUAUAAUCCACGCAUUUACGAAAAGACCAAUAGAUCAGCCAGUGGAUGGUAAGAAUGCCACAACUCCACAGACAACAACAUUGCCUGUAACAACACUAAGUUCAUCCACCAAGUUCAUUCUUCCCCCCGUUGUGCCUCCUGGAAUGACCACCAAAGCCACACCAACAGUCACCAGAAAAGAGGCAACAGCUUCCUCCACCAUGUUGACAAGUGUUUUUUCCACACCAGCUCCAGUCAUUGCCCACUUUACCAUGAAUUUUACCGUAACCAGCCUUAAGUAUGAGACAGAAAUGGGAACUCCAAAUUCUGAAGUGUUUAAUUCCACAGCAAGCAAACUUCUCCGUCUGCUUGACAGAGAGCUCCUCCAAACCAUGGUCGGACCGGUGUAUAUGGGAUGCAACAUCACAAAGCUAAGAUCGGUGAGAAACGGGAACGCAACAGGGCUGGAUGCCGUCUGCACUUACAGAAACAAUUCCGGUGCUCCAGCCUUUGACCGAGUGACGGUGUACCAGCAACUUGUCAAUCAGACCGAUGGUUUCACCAAGUUGGGACGCUACGACCUGAAGAGAUAUAGCCUUUGUGUUGAUGGUUACUAUGAGAUUCCUCCUCAAACAACUGUUUUACCCUCUCUAACUACAACGCCAACUCCAGCCGUGGAAGAGUUCUCCGUGAACUUGACCAUCACCAACCUCCGGUUCCGGGAAGGGAUGGGGACUCCCAAUUCAAACACAUUCAAUGCAACUGAAAGGGCGGUCACUACUUUGAUGGGUCGAAUACUCCGUGAUAGCAGCAUUGGGCAGGCAUUUUUGAGCUGCAAAGUGACAGCUCUGAAACCAGUUAAAAAUGGAGAAGAAACUUGGAUUGAUUCUAUUUGCACUUACCGAAACGACUCUACAACGCCUGUUUUUGACCGGGUGAAAACAUACCGCGAAAUAGUGAAUAAGACCAAAGGUUUCACCAUGAUGGGGCCCUACAAACUGAAAGAAUACAGUCUUUACGUUGAUGGUUAUCAUGAAGGUCCUCCAGAACCAACCGUUUCGCCAACCCCGUCUUGGACAGUUGAGAAUUUCACUACAAAUUUCACUGUCACCAACCUGCGGUACAAGCCAGAGAUGGGAAUCCCUCAUUCAAAGACCUUCAAUGCUACAGAAGUGCCACUGCGGACGCUACUUGACAGAUACCUCAACAGGAGCAGCAUUGGACCAGUGUUUCUGGGGUGCAAGGUAACAAUGCUGAGGCGCCUGAAUGAUGGGGACGCAACAGGAACGGAUUAUGUUUGCUCGUACCGAAACGAUUCCACCGGGCCUGCCUUUGACCGAGUAAAUGUCUACCGUGAGAUUGUCAACCAGACCAGAAACUUCACCCAGAUGGGACCUUACAAGUUGGAAAGAUACAGUCUCUAUGUCAAUGGUUAUCAUGAAAUGCCUCUGAAACCAACCCCCCAAACGCCUACGGUAGGAUCUUUCAUGACAAAUUUCACCGUCACCAACCUCCGGUACAAGCCGGAGAUGGGAGUUCCCCAUUCAAGGGCCUUCAAUGCCACAGAACUGGCACUCAUAACUCUGCUUGACAGAUCCUUCAGCAAGAGCAGCAUCCGUUUGGUGUAUUUGGGCUGCAAAGCGACCACUUUUAGACCGGUCAAAAAUGGGGAUCAAACCAAGAUGGACUCCAUCUGCACUUACCGCAAUGACUCUGCAUUUGACCGGGAGAAGGUGUACCAUGAACUUGUCAACAUGACCAAUGGGUUCACCAGGAUGGGUCCCUAUCAGCUGAACCCGAAUAGCCUCUAUGUUAAUGAUUAUAAUGAAGGGCACCUCCAAACAACCAUUUCACCCAAGACAACUCCAACCCCAAUGGUGGAGCAUUUCACUGCAAAUUUAACCAUCACCAACCUCCGGUUCAAACCAGAGAUGGGAGUCCACCAUUCGAAGACCUUCAACGUGACCGAACGGCCACUCCUAAUUCUGCUUGGCAGGAUGCUGAACCAAAGCAAUGUUAUCGGCUCAAGAUAUUUGGGGUGUCAAGUGACAACUUUCAGAUCUCUCAACCAUGGUGAUGAAACCGGCAUGGAUGCUGUCUGCGCUUACCGACAUGACUCCGCCGCCCCCGCCUUCAACCGAGUCAAAGUCUACCAUGAAAUGGUUAACAAGACCUAUGGGUUCACCAAGAUGGGGCCCUACAAACUGGACCCAAACAGCCUCUACAUCAAUGGUUAUAACGAAGCUCUCGUUCGUACAACCACCAGGACUCCGACGGUGGAGAAUUUCACCAUGAAUUUCAUCAUCACCAACCUCCGCCACAAGCCAGAGAUGGGGAUUCCCAAGUCGAAGGCCUUCAACGCCACAGAAAUGCCACUCACGACUUUGCUUGCCCGAAUGUUCAACCAGAGCAACAUUAGUCCAGUGUUUAAGGGAUGCGAUGUGAUGACUCUAAGACCUGUGAAAAAUGGGGAUGAAACUGGAGUCAACUCUGUCUGCCGUCACACCAGCCCUGCCUUUGAUCGAGUGGAAGUCUACCACGAAGUGGUCAACAGGACCAAGGGGUUCACCAGGAUGGGACCCUACAAAUUGGACGAACACAGCCUCUAUGUUAACGGUUACAAUGAGCGAACGCAACUUCUAGGUCAACCCCCAAUGAAUACCGACCCCAAGACUCCCGUUUUGAGGCCUUUCACCGUGAACUAUACCUUGUCCAGCUUGCCUUACACCCUGGAGAUGGGGACCCCUGGAUCUCGCAAGUUCAAUGACACAGAAAGAGUUGUCAAAUAUAUCAUGGAAUCCUUACUCAACAAGACCAGCGUCAGCCCAGCGUUUACCGGUUGCAAAGUGCAGCGUUUUCGAUCUCCAGAAACAGGGGCGGCAGUCAUGGUAGACCAACUCUGCGGCUAUUGGCAAAAUCAGCUUGCCAUCCCCUUUGACCGCGUGAAGGUUUACAACGAGCUGCGCAAUCUCACCAAAGAUGGUACCAAAUUUAGACAUAUGAACAUGGAGAAGAACAGCCUUCGGGUGAAUGGAUACCCACCUUCCAGCUUGACUCCCGAAGGAGUGGGUUAUGAACUGGGUUUCACCAUUAUCAAUGAAAAUCUGACCAACACAGACAGAUCAUCUCCAGAAUACAAACGCCUGGCGGCCAGCAUCGAAGACCAGGUGAACCAGAUCUUCGGCCGGAGCAGCAUCAGCAACGGAUUCAAAGUCUGCGUUAUUACAGGACUGAGGUACGGUUCAAUUGUGGUUGACUGCAAGUGUUAUUUCGACCCCGACAUGAUCCCCAGCAAGGAGACCAUGAAAGAAACCUUCAGACAAGAGACUCAAAAUGCCACGUCCCAGUGGCUGGGCAGUCGGUUCCAGCUCAAAGGUGUGACCGUGAGAGCGAUUGACCCAGCAAUAGAAGCCGUGACGGACAUCUCCUUGCUGGCACUAGACCUAGAGACCUUCACCGUCAACUUCACCAUCAUUAACCUCCCAUACAAGGAGGAGAUGAGGAACCCAAACUCGGGCGUCUAUCGGAACGCCAAAGGAAGCGUUGAACAAGAGCUUGACAAGCUCUACCAACGCAGCAACCUGGGUGCUAAUUUCAUGGCUUGCUUUGUAGAAAACUUCAGGCCGACCAGCUGGAGAAACCAAACAGGGGUCAAUUCCAUCUGUAUGUUCACAAAGGAUAAUGGUCAGAGGCCCUUCGACAGAAGCCUGGUCUAUAACAUCUUUAAGAACCUCACCGGCAAGGGUUCGACCUUAGGGAGAUACAUGCUGGAUGACCGGAGCUUACUGGUGAACGGCUACCCAACAGAAGCGAUCCCAAUAUCCCCCAGGGAAGAGCUUCCUUUCUGGGCAAUUAUCCUCAUUUGUUUAUCUGUCCUACUGGCCUUCAUCUUGCUCUUCCUCCUGUGUUUCUUGGCGAGAAGAAGAGCAGGCAAAUACCAAGUCCAGCAGAACAUUCUCGGCAUCUACUUCCCACACCUGGAGAUGAGGAAAGGCCGAUGAAAUCGAUUUUGGACAUUUCGGCUCCACCGUACAGCCCUCCAAAGACCGUUUCCUGUUUCACAAAAUUCACCCCUAUGAUCACCACCACUUUGCCAUCACUCACUCCCUUCCCUGCACUGAACCCUGAUUUGCCCAGCAGCAGAUGAUGUGGACUCUUAAAGAACCAAUCACUGCUGGAGAUUUGGAUUCUUGGGCAAAUGUGGCAUGGAGCGCAAUAGGACUGUAUGUGCUUUAGAAGAUUUGGGAUGAUGGGUCAGGUUGUUGGUUGCGACUCUAUUUUAUUUUGCUUAAUUCAGGGGCAGAGAACCAAUUCAGAAUAGCAGGGAAUCCCCUUCUUCCUCUGGCCACACCCCUUUCACAUAAAACCAGGCCCCCGCCCCUUCCUUGACUUUAAAUCAGUGUUGAGUUUACAAGCGUUCCUCUAUGAAAGGGAAAACAAUUGAAGUAAUUCUCGCCAGAGCAUGGAAUGUAACUUAAAGCAAGAAACUAGUUACUUUAUUCAAUCACUCUGAUCACCCACUGGUUCAUUUACAAGUCAUUGUAGUCCAGUUACUCAUUAUAAAUAAGUAAUUUUGCAAUAAGUUGUGAUAAUGAAAAGGAACUAGUUAAUUUGUUCAUCACUGUGUACACCCAAGUCAUUUAAUUACUAUUGUACCAUUGGGGGGAAAUGCAGGAAAAGGCUUUCUGUCAUUGCCCCCAAGUGGCCAGUUCAGAGAUUGCACUUUGUUUUCAUUUGCCAAAAGAACUAGUUAGAAAAAAAAUAAGUUACUUCCUUCACUCUGGUUCUAACACUAGUGCACUUUAGAUUUUCCAUAGACCCAUUUAUUUCUUUGUCGCGGUCACCAAAACACACUGCGUUUGAUUCUGGAUUUAAUUUAAAAAUCUACUCUUCUUCUCAAAAUGAAACCAUUCCUCCUCUUCCAGGAACUCCCAGAUUUACAGUGUAGCAUAGGAUCCGAUUUCCAUGAAAAUAUGUCAGGGAUUUGUGGAUGAUUUGUCUUUUAUUUUUGUACCUGUAUUUAAAAGGUUCGAGAUUGCUUACGAUGAUCAAUAAAUUCAAAUAUGCAAAAAA